AUGCCUGAGUCCUUACUCCAGAAAGUUACAGUAUAUACAUGCACAUGUACAUAUACACAUACAUUACUGAGUUGGACUUACUCGUCUACCACAAAUCCAGGCAUGAGUGAGUGUUCUGUAUACGAAUUACCUCCACUGAGAGGCUUUGUUCUAUCUAUAGGACUUGGUGUUCUAAUUUUCGGCACGUAUGUCCCGCAACACAUUCGAAUCUUGAAAAGACGGACCAGUGAAGGGCUCUCACCCAGCUACAUUCUCCUUGGUUCAGCGGCCAGUGUGGCUUCACUAAUCAAUAUUUUCAUCUUCACUAUGCCUGCUAGAAGGUGUUGUCCGAUACUGACUCGCUACGAAUGCAUGAGUUCCCUGAGUGGGUUCUGCCAAAUCUUAAUCCAGACAAGUGGCAGUUUGAUCAUCUUCCUCUUGUGCAUAUUUGCAACAAGGGAGUCGCUGAUAGAAUCCCGUGCUGAUUUACUGCAAAUACGAAGAAACUUCAAGAUACUCAUAGGAUAUGUCCUCGCAAAUGUAGUUACCUACGAGUAUAUUAUGCUAAGUUCCUUGUCAGAUGAUAAUUUGAACAGGAUGUUCCAAUUGGCCAAUCUAAAUGGCGUUGCUUCCAUGUUAAUGGCACUGAUGCAGUAUAUCCCGCAGCUUUUCACUACCUACAGCUUAAAACACCCGGGUUCUCUAUCCAUCCCAAUGCUGUGUCUUCAGGCUCCUGGGGGGAUGUUGUGGUCAUACAGUCUCUGGGUGAAAACGAACUCUCAAUGGAGUUCGUGGCUUCCGUAUCUUGUUUCAGCAGUGAUGCAGACGUUCUUGCUGUGUAUGUGUCUCUACUUCAAGCAUGUCUAUCCCACCGAAUUAUUAGAAACAAUAGAGGAACAGCUUAUCGCCGAGGAGAAUUUGCAUGCUGGGUAUAAUACCCUCUCUAAGAAUAUAUAA